CACUGUAUUUUCAGGGCUGUACUGUAGUAUAGUACUGUAUUAUAUCUAAACCUGCAUCGCUUUUCAUACCACAGCUCAUUCACAGCAUUGAUCCCCAUUGAUUCCUGAGUACACGGGAUGAUGGAUGUGCUCUUCAGUGAGUUUUCAGAUGAAUUAGAGUUGUCCGUUCAGAUUGUAGCAGAGUGCUACUACUCAGCGAUGAAAGCCUUGCUCUAAUGGGGUUUUAAGUACAAGCCUUUAUGGAUGAUAAUGCAGUGUAAGGGUGAAAGGUCUGGGUGGGCUGAAGCCUGGCAGACUCCUGUGUCCAGGCAGCAAUCUAGCAGGCAAUUCACCCCCUUCCUUAUGAUUUACUAUCAGUUUAGAGUUCUAGGAGUGUCAAUUAGCUCACAUCAAUUUUUAAUGUGACCUUUAUUCGCAUGCUCAACUAGCACACAUAACCAAUUAUUACACCCUGAGAAAAUGUGCUCCUGGUUCUGCCCCACUCACUUACACUGGAGUGUCCUGUUUCUCCUCCGGUGUGUCUGUCAGAAAUGUGGGUGUACUGUUGACUUUGCAAGUGCUCAUCGCUGAUCUUUGGUGAGGGGAACCCGUUUGGAUGUAUUUUGAGGUCCCUCAGGGCACUGCAGGGACUUGUGGGAAGAUGACCUGAUUUCUAAUUUUCUCCUCUCCUGCCUGGGCUGCGGGCUAGUCGCUGCUACAAACAGAGAAGCCCGUGGAAGGAGUGUGACAGUAUGCGCCGACCUGGAUCUUUUUUCGCUUUUGCCGUAAAACUGGAUGUUAUUUGUCAUUGUUGAUAGACACAGGCGUGGUUGUAUUUAUCAUUCAAUAGAUUCAGGUAAGUGACUAUGCUCCUACAACCACCUCCACUCAAGCUACAGUACACCUUCAGUGAGAUUUCUACAACCCAGAUUAUGUUUACAACAUUGUAAUGUCCAAGCUGAUACACUGAUGCAAAAUGUGAAUCAUUGCACAGAUUGUUGCACCUUUUAAAAAACUAUUUUUCCCUCUCCUGAUAUUCAGACACAUUUUAAAUGUACAUUUAGCCUGAAGCUUUUAAUAGAAAUGAGGGAUUAAAAAUGUCCAGUGAGGUGAAGUCGUGCGCAGAGAUACGGCGUCAUCACAUCAGAUGAUCAGUUAUUUUGGGGCCGAAAAUAAGGUCGUUUUGCAAAUGGUCAUUUAAAACGCCCUUUUCAUGAAUCAGAAACCCUUGAUACUUUUAGUGUAGUGAAGAAGUGCUGCCAAGUUUAUUACUAUAAUGAGGUUAUUACUAUUAUUAACACCUAAUAUAAUGAUAGCAAUGAUAAUUAUCUGUAAAUGAAUAGAAUUAAAACAAAUAAUACUUGGCAACACAAUUGCAUCCUUGCAGUAUUACAAUUGCUUUAUUAUCUUAUUAACAUGCAAUAUUAAUAUACAUUAUUAUACAUUCUACACAUAUAUUAUGAUAUAACAAGUUUCAUAUUAUUACAAUAUUAUAAUUAUUGUAUUUUAAUUUAAUGAUUAAUAAAAACGAUUAUUUAUUUUUCAGACAAAGAUGAACAUUUUCAUUUAGAUCUAGUGAUAAAAAGAUUUACAUGCACUUAUCAGAUUAGCUAUUCAACAUAUUUGUGUCUUUUUAUCCAGCCUUAUGUCUGUUUUUUUUAAUAGGUUUUAUUUGUAAUGCAAAGCACUUUGAAUUGCCUUGUAUUUUGAUGGUGCUUUACAGAUAAACUUGCUUUGCCUUGCUGACUGCUGUUUUUUCCCCAUCAGGGGAGCAGCCAUGGCCAACCUGCAGCAGGAAUACCCCGGGGUCCUUCUUGGGAUCCUGGAGGAACUGGCCAAUAUGCGCCAGUGGCUGACGUUCCAGGACCUUUGUCGCAUGGUCAGCACCCGCUUUGACCUCGAGCACCUCAUUGAGCUCAGGAGUUUGCUGUUUGCUGCUGCCAGCCGGGACCCCUGUUUCCCAGCUACUCUCUUCAGAGACAGGGUUUCCACCAGAGGCCAGGGGCUAUCACCCAUAGGGGUCGCUGCUGAUAUUGUAACUAUAUUCAAUCUUAUUCAGAUGACGAGUGGGGCUGCUGAUGACAGUCAGCCAAUGAGAGCCCAGACAAUCCUCCCAGUCGACCAAUCCCUAGGCUCGAGUCUGCCUGGAAUCCACCAGCUGAACAUUUCUGGUCGAGAAAGAUCACGUGCCCUCUCUGAUUCCGGUGGUAGGCCUAUCGACCAGCACUUGCUUAUUCCGAAAUCGAAUUACUCAGCCCGCAAGCGAGGAAGUCUUCCCCCUGAUCCUAUCUCCCUUGUGUCCUCCCCUCCAGUCAGGGCGAGGGCUGUGUCUUUCGACUUGCCUCACACAACACUCUUGUACUCUAGUGGUCAAAUCCCUAACGAGAUCAUGAAGAAUAUCUACCUGCCUUUGGAAACGGACAGUGAGUCUAGUGGAGAUUCUGCACCCGUGGAGGUGUUUGAAGCUGAACCCUCAUCGUCUGUUGACCAGAAGAGAAACAUCUUUAGGAAGGACUUUCACAACCAGCCGCCUUUAAUACCUCAGGUAACCGUCAACAGUGAUACUCUGAGUCCCAACAUUUUGCAGAAAGGCUUUGACAAUCACAGCUUUGAAACGAUCCCAAAUCCUUACCCAUCACCAAGAACAAUCCAACAAUUGCCAGACCAGGGGGCUCAACAUGAAAGCCUUGAUGACCUGCAAGACUCAACUUAUUUCGGACCUGGAUCAGUCCAAGAGUGGUCCCCUCGACACCUCCAACCUCCCAGGAACCAGAGACCCAUCUGGAGCAACAAGAGUCACAGCCUAGAGGACCGGAUAGGCUUGGGCAGUGUUGGUAUUGGGAUGGAAUCACAAAUGGGGCAACUUCCCAGGAGAUCGACACCUGCUUUGGGAUCAUCUGGGGGUGAGAGUGGGGAUAGUGGAUUGCCAAGUGGAGGCGAUGGAGUCAAGGCUCAAGGAACCCAGACAGACCCACCGGACACCCGUCGCCUCCGAAGUCUGGUCCAUGCUGAUCGUCUCUCCUUCAUGACUUCAUUGGAUGACCCUGAGUUUUGUGAGGAUGACAUCAGUGUCAUCUUUCGUUUCUUAGAUGACAUAAGCAUGUGCGGUUCUACCGGAGUCCUGCACCCCAGUGAUGGAACAGGGACCAUCAACCAGGACACCCCUGAGGCCCGACGUGGCCGCCUAGGUCAACUCCAAAGGCUUUUCCACUCUUUGGAAAGCAGUGACGAUGGGGUGAAGGCCAGUGUCUGUAAGCUGCUGCUCAGAAUGAGCCAGAUAGAAAGACAACUGGAAUCAUUAAAUGAUGUAAAGGCUGAGAUUUCCCAGGUGUUGUCUGCUCUGCAGCGACUGGAUGAAAAGAUCCAGCUACCUGUUGGUGAUGGUGGACAAAGCAGUGGUGGCCGAUGGCUGGAGCCUCUCAGUGGCGUUUCCUCCUUUAUGAGCCAUCCUCUAACUCCUUCUGAUUCAUCAGAGCCUCUACCUCUGUCAGUAUCUGGAAAUCUGUUUCCAGGUACCAGCACUAGUAGUCUGGAAUGGAGCCGAUGGAACACUGCUGGGGAGCAAACAGAAAGAGGAAAAGGUCAGGCUGAUUCUAAGGGGGGAAAAGAAGGGAAGAAGGAUGCAUCAGCUCGUCGUGAAUCAAAAGCACAGCCUGAAGAGAAAAUUGUGCCUGAUUCCAAACAACUGAAUAUGUCUAACUCUGCAAGAGACUGGAAGGUGUCAUUCUCGAAUAGUAAAGAUCGCAAAGUCUCACAUGGAAAAAUUGAACAGGUAGAUCAGUCAAGCAGCACAACUAACCUACUCACCCAUAAGUCCAGCCUGGUGGAACAAGUGUUUAACUCAUCGCUAUUCCGCCACAAAGACAGCAGUCUGACAGGGGGGCUCACCUCUGGGAAGAUGAUAGAAAACAGACUGGCUGAAGGGAGGGGAAGGCCCAUCUGGACUGUGGAUGAUAGAGAGGCACGGAUCUCCCCUUUGGACAUACAGGCCCAGGAGUCUCUUAACCCCAACAACAUUGAGUUCUGGAUGGACGACAUCUACACCCCUGGCUACGAUGCUCUGCUCAGGCGUAAAGAGGCUGACCUGCGCCGGGCCAAGGUCUACAAGUUGACUGCACUCAUUGCCACUGCAGUGGCGAUCAUUCUGAUCAUUGUCAUUCCUAUUUGUACCAUGGGCUCAUGAAGACAGUCACAGACAGCCAACAUUGUUGCCUGUUUUCAUUUGAUUUGAUUUAUCAAUUUCCAGCAGCUGUGUUCUGCGCACCAUCCUCAUUGAGUUCAGUGUGAGAGUGUGACAUAUAAGGACCCCAAAGCUGGAUCAGUUAACCUACAGCAGCUCCUAACACUUUUCUGCAUGCAGCACCAUUAUUUAUGACUUCAAAAAAAAAGGAGGAUCCGUAGCUGACUUUGAAAAAUAUGUUGAGUUCCUCCCUCAUGCAGUUACUACAAAAAGUUAGUAAUCUCCCAUGCAAAACAAUUAGUUUUUUCCAUAUUUAUAUAUACAUCAUGUUUUAUGUUCUUGAUAAUUUCAGGUCAAUGUAAAAGGAAGUCAUUACAGAUGAUUUAAAAAUAAUUAUAAAAUAACCCUUGAAAGCUUAUGUUGAAACUAUUAAUACUGAGCCAAUGCAAAAGUGUCAAGAUUUGAUUUGAUUUUCUUAUUUUGUCUGCUCUUUUCCGAGAAACAACACUGUAACAAAUGCUAUGUGAAUCAGCUUCAGCCUUGAGCACUGCCUGACUCUUCUUUGCUGUUCCCUUGAGAACACUACAGGGCUCAUUUUACUUCUUCUUAAAAACAAUAGUUUUAUAAGUAUAUAAGACUUUUACAUCAACAGUUUAUGGAUACUGUCGACUGGAUAAUUUUUUUCCUGUUUAGUUUGAAUGUACUUGUACUUCCUUUAAGUCACAAAAUAUACAGUAGGGCACAAGGUUAAAUCAAUAAAAGUGAUAUUUUUAUAGAUUUCCCUCCAAUUUUUCAAACAAGAAAAUAUGAGCUGUUUAAAACACUCAUGAAUGUGUUUUGGUUGCGGGGCAGAGAGUUUACAGAGGGUCAGGUGUCAAGAAAUGGAAGAUAAAAAUGUUGUUGUUGUUGUUGUUGUUGAUGAUGUUUUGGCCCUGGAGCAGUGAAGGAAAGAGGAAGCCCUUUCCAGUAAACACGCCCUAAGUGGGAGAUUCCACUUGUAAUUCAAUUGAUGGGACGUUUGGAGUGCACCUAUGCACAUUAUCGUUUUAUUAUAGACUCACUUGGCCAGAGCUCUUCCAUGUACAGUACCUGCAGACUCACUUAGCACCAACAGAUGAAUCUGGUUACUUUCACAGAUUGGUGAAAGAAGUUUUAGCAAUGGUGAGACAUUCCAUUUUCUAAGAACCUCCAAUUAACUUUUUAUUCAAACUGAGGUUUGGUGCCAGUUUAUAAAAUCCAUAUGGGGUUAGACAAAACAGUAUACCUUAAAAACAUAGUGGAAUCCAACACAGUGCCUCCAAAAAAAGAUAUAACCUUUGUUAAGCCUAAUAAUCAUUUUUCUGAGAGGUGUUAAUUAAACUCCUCCUAUGGUAAAGCUGUAAUGGAAUGUACAAGGUUGUGUAUCAGCAAUCGCAGCCUCAAACUGACCAGUAAAUCAAAUGAAAAGCUUGACAAAAAUGUAGCAUUGUCAGCUUUACUAUACUGUUGUUUAUUGCUGGGUUAAUGUAUUGGAUUGCAAUAGUUUUUCUUUAUAGGUAUGUAUGUUUUGUGUCUACUAACUUGUCAUUGAUAGAUAUGGAUGAUUUUGUUUCCACUCACUUAAAGAAGAUAAGAACAUUUCCUCCAUUCAUGUCAAUUACACCAAAGUGCACAGAAACUAUAGAUAUCAACAGGAAAAACUAUCAAAAUUUGUGUAUUGUUUUUGUCAAACUUAACUUUGCUUUCUGUACAAAUUAUGCACAGGAUGUAUAGAGGGCGUGUUCUGCUUCGGUGCAUCUUCUUAAGUAGAUGUGUAUCUGCCAAGUGUUCCCCAAGAGGCUGUUUGUGGAUCCAUUACCCUUCCAGUGGUGCCACUGAGUAACCAUGUACUCAGCACAAUCUGCAGGUGCUUCCUCUGAAACUUCCGUGCAUGAGAGCCAACCCGAUACUUUUUUCAUUACGGAUAUUUAGACCUUGCUGUUGCGAUAUCCAUGCACUUUUUAGACAGACAACAGAGAAUCUGCAAACUAAUUAUUCAGGAAAAAAACACUUAAAAACAGCAUGUAAAAUGAAAGAAAACAUGCAGGUAUUACAGUACAAGUUCCUGGUGUGCAACACUUUAUAUGAUUGUGAGGGUGUACGUUGACUUAUGUUGCCUGUCUGAAUAAACUUGACGAAGUGGAAACAUGCCUUUUACUGUAUGUUGUCCAUUAUGAUAAAUAAUGAAUUAAGACCAAAAUGUACCUUGUUAUAUACAUGCACUUUAAACAUUAUGAUGAAAGAAAAAAGAAAAUAUAUAUGCAUAUAUAUAUAAUUAUUUCACACUUUUAGUAAUAAUACACUUUUUGAGGAAGUGCAAACAGUGACUGGUGUAAAAUGUGAGUUAUAUAGUUAAAUUAUCCGCGACAGGAGGAAAUGUACUUAUAGAGAUGAAUAAUUGAUAAAGACAGAGAGCACCUUUGACUGACAGAUCCUAUUAUCUCAAAUCAACACUAAUGGACCUGCAGUAUUUAGGUGUGUAAACAGACACACACACACACACACACAAACUUAAUGGUAAAUCAGACUGCCAUUGCAUUAAAUAAAUCAUAGAGGCAAAUUUGAUGGUCUAUUGUUGAGAUGUUUAAUAAAAAUCAAAUGUUC